AUGACCUCCCUCAUCUCGGCGGUGAACUGGAUCCCGCGCGGUGCCGCAGCGCAACACCCGUCGAAGUACGUCGUCGAUGAAGCCGAAUUGGCGAGGGUCGAGAAAUUGGCGAGGGUGAGGUUGGACGAGGCGCAGAUGGAGUUGGAAUUGGCGAGGGCGACGGAGGAGGAGAAUAAGGAGGAUGGUGGGGGGGGUGAGGAGGAGGAGGAGGGGGGGGAAGGGGAGGGGGAUGGAUGGGAGGAGUGAGUUUCCUCGUGGAAGGCAAAAGCAGCGAAGCGGUGCGGUCGAGCUGACUCGUGUUGCGUUCAAUCUCUCACAGUGAGAAGGCCGACGACGAAGAGAUGAAGGUCGAUGGCGAGGACGACGAGGACAUGGAGGAUGCGGCGACGGCGAAUGCCUUGGCUAUGGCCAAGUCCGUCAAGGAGUCCGCUCAGGCAGGGAACGAUGAUUUGACCGCUUACGAUCUCGACAACUACGACGAGGAAGAGUCCAAGGGAUCAGGUUUGUCGGGCGAGGUGUAAAAGGUCAUUGUUAAGACGUAAGGCCUGACCAAAGGAUCCGUUCGCACAGCAAUGGGCGCUUUCAGCAACAUCAAGGGGCUCAGCUUCUACGGCGACGACAAGGAGGACCCCUUUGUCACACUGGAUGCGGUGAGCAUAGCCAAACGUUAUUUGAUUACAGGGGACAACAGACUGAAUGUGACAGCCUGUAUGACUUACAGAAACAAGAGGACGAGGAAUUGGAACGGGAAGAGCUCGAAAUCUUCCCGACCGACAAUCUUCUCGUCGUAGCCAAGACCGAAGACGAUGUGUCCCAACUCGAGGUCUACGUCUAUGACGAGAGCGAGGAGAACCUAUACGUCCACCACGAUCUGCUACUACCUGCGAUGCCGCUGUGCCUCGAAUGGCUCGACUUUUGCCCCGGAAGAUCAUCGGAAGACAAGGGCAACUUUAUCGCUGUUGGCACACUCGACCCCGAAAUUGAGAUCUGGUCGCUCGACGUCGUCGAUGGUCUUUACCCGGAUGCGAUCCUGGGCCCCCCUCCCAAGGAUGCAACCGCCCUCCCCGCUUCCCUCGCCGAAGCCACACCCGUCGCGACUAUCGGCGCAGGUGGGAAGAAGAAGAAGAAGAAGCCCAAAAAACCCAAGGUCGUUGCCAAUGCCGAAUACCAUGUCGAUUCAAUCCUUUCCCUGACAUGGAACCGUUCGCAUCGCAACUUGCUCGCCUCGUCUUCGGCCGACAAGACGAUCAAACUUUGGGACUUGUCCAGACCUACUUCGUCGCCGGCUUUGAGGUCAUUCGAUACGUUGCAUGGGGACAAGAUCCAGGCUGUUCAAUGGAACCCCAAGGAACCGACCGUGCUUCUUUCCGGUGCAUGGGACGGGACGGUCCGAGUAUUUGAUACCCGAGCACCUGAUUCUUCCGUCGGGACAAAAGUAAUGUCCGAUGUCGAAUGCCUCCGAUGGGACCCCUGGGAACCCGCCGGAUUCCUCGUCUCGAUGGAAAAUGGUCUCGUCCAAGCUUACGAUUCCAGAAUGUUGGGCACGAAGAAAGAACCCAAAGAGGGGAAGGCGUUGUGGACUCUAUCGGCGCAUGAUUCGAGUGUAUCGAGUUUGGACAUCAAUACCCAUAUCAAGGGGUGCAUCGUCACCGGUGGGACGGAUAACAUGGUCAAGCUUUGGAAUGUGGGGGAAGAGGAUGGAGGAAAGAGGAAUAUCAGUUUGGUCACGGCGAGGGAUUUGGGAGUGGUCAGUCGUGUUUCGAGAAAGAGGACCGUUUGUGCGGCUUUUGUGCUCACCCUCUCUCGCGACGCUUGUGACGAUAGGGCAAAGUCUUUUCGGCGUCCUUCUGUCCCGACGACGCGACGACUCUCGCCGUCGCUGGAUCGAAAGCCAACUUGCAGAUCUGGGAUACGUCGACGUGAGUUCCCUCGAGCUCACCUCGGGGACAUCUCAAACCCCACUAACACUAUCUUUGCCAUACACUGUGCAGCAACCCCGGCGUGCGCACCGUUUUCGGAGAGCGCCUCAAGGCCCUCGGCAAAUCGCUCGAAAAGAGCGGCCCCGGGAUCGUCGCGUUGGCCGAUGAUGAUGAGCAGAGUGAAGAGGAAUGA